ACAAGGAUGCGUUUAUAAGAUCAUAUCAUGAUACAGCCUGAUACCCCUUCAUUUCAAGCCAAUAGAGCGAUUGGGUGGGCGACACAGGCGAAGAUAGAUCUAGAUAGAUAUGGCCGCCAAUAUACAAGAUGUUGUCAUGCUCGUCGGUGACUCCCUUACUCAACAGGGAUGGGAUAAAGGAGGCUUCGCACAGUUACUUGCAGAAAUGUACGUUCGGAAGCUCGAUGUUAUCAAUCGUGGCCUCGGGGGUUAUCAAACGGACUGGGCAAUUCCGGUUUGCGAGCAGAUCUUUGCCAAACAGCAUGAGCAACAUCACGUUCCGCAGGUCAAGCUACUCACAAUUUGGUACGGCGCCAAUGACGCUGCACCUGCUCCCAGCCCACAGCACGUCCCGAUAGACAGAUACAAAACAAAUUUAAGCCAUAUCAUUCAAAUGGUGAAAUCGCCAGCUUCAGCAUACUAUUCCCCUGAGACCCGUAUAAUCUUGAUCACUCCACCGCCAGUAAAUACGAAGCAAUGGGACAGACCUGACAGUCCACGUGUAUUCGAGACUACGAGGUCGUACGCGGAAGCUGUCAAGGAAGUAGGUGAGAAAGAGAAUGUGCCCGUCGCAGACGUUUGGACAAAGAUAUUCGAUGCCGCUGGUAGAAGUGAAGAGGCAUGCGAAAAAUACCUCAGCGAUGGGCUGCAUCUAACCAGUGAUGGUUACAACAUCGUCUUUCAGGCCGUCGUGGACAUUGUGGAGCGCGUGUAUCCCGAAUUGGACCCUACUUGGGAAGCACAUGCAAAAAUGCAAACUGUGUUUAUACCCUGGGACCAAGUGAAUGUACAGAAUCCAAGACCAUCUCUGAUGAAACGGAAAGCGCAAUUUUAGUCUUGAAUAUCAAAUGACUACGUGAACGUAUCGUUAACUUUUCUUUGAUUUGUGACAUAUUAGAUUGUAUUCAUGCAUGUGGAGAGAUGAACGGGAGGAUUGGGAACCCGGUGCUAUGGGUGUGACCUAAGGACGCAGCCGACUUUCAUAUCGGCCAUAUCAUGAUUGUGACAGUCCCAACCACAUGACUAUCAUAAGUCAGGGUAUCGUCGAUAUCGUAGAGCGGGUGUAUCCUGAAAUACUAUGGGCGCCGUAGUGACCGUCGUGCGUCCUUUCUGAAAUUAUUUGUAAUAUAGUUGAAGGCUAGCGCUCAGCGCUGAUGCAUUUAUGUGCAGCUGGGACCAAGUAAAUUUACAGAAAUCAGGACCGUCUCUAUUAGUGAAAUAGAAAGAUGAUCUGUCUUUGAAAUUUGAAUAUUGGUGAGUACAAGG